AUGUUCCAGCAUUGUGAUGCAGACUUUGAAACUUUCCAUCACGGUGAUGUAGACAUUGGGACGUCCCGUUGCGGUGAGAAAGACUUUAGGAUGUCCCAUCACAGUGAUGUAGACUUUGGGACGUCCAAGCACAGUGAUGUAGGCUUUGGGAUGUUCCAGCAUUGUGAUGCAGACUUUGGAACUUCUCAGCACAGUGAUGUAGACUUUGGGACGUCCCAUCACAGUGAUGCAGACUUUGGAACUUCCAAGCACAGUGAUCACAGUGAUGCAGACUUUGGAACUUCCAAGCACAGUGAUGUAGACUUUGGGACGUCCCAGCACAGUGAUACAGACUUUGGAACUUCCCAGCACAGUGAUGUAGACUUUGGGACGUCCCAGCACAGUGAUGCAGACUUUGAAACUUCCAAGCACAGUGAUGUAGACUUUGGGACGUCCCAGCACAGUGAUACAGACUUUGGAACUUCCAAGCACAGUGAUGUAGACUUUGGGACGUCCCAGCACAGCGAUGUAGACUUUGGGACGUCCCAGCAUUGUGAUGCAGACUUUGAAACUUUCCAUCACGGUGAUGUAGACAUUGGGACGUCCCGUCGCGGUGAGAAAGACUUUAGGAUGUCCCAUCACAGUGAUGUAGACUUUGGGAUGUCCCAGCACAGCGAUGUAGACUUUGGGAUGUUCCAGCAUUGUGAUGCAGACUUUGGGAGGUCCCAGCACAGCGAUGUAGACUUUGGGAUGUUCCAGCAUUGUGAUGCAGACUUUGGGACGUCCCAUCGCAGUGAGAAAGACUUUAGGAUGUCCCAUCAUAGUGAUGUAGACUUUGAGAGUAAGUAUCGGUCCAACCAAAGUUAUACAGACUUUAGGGCAGGCCCCAGGACAGUGAUGAAGACUUGGGGACAUCCCAGCACAGUGAUGUAA